AUGGCUUCUCGAAGUCGCGAGCCACAGGUAGAGGUCAUUCCAGAGACUUAUGAACUUCCUGUCAUUGCCGGUGAGCUUCCGACCACCGACGAGAUAGAGGCCUAUGCAGCAGAAUAUAUGGCCACUGUGACACCCCCCGUUGUGAGUGUGCAUGAAUUAGCUCCCAUCGACGGCGGAUGGAAGGCCUGGCGGUUCUGCAUCUCCGGAUUUUUGUUGGAAGUGGUGACUUGGGGUUUCACGUUUAGUCGCUUUCAUUGCGUCUUCGUCCUCUCUAGUUAUGGUAUAUUCCAAGAUUAUUAUACAUCCAACCCACCUUUCAACAAAGCCUCGCCGGUGUUGAUCGCUGCAGUGGGGACGACGGCGAUUGCUAUUCAAUACAUGGAGGUACCUGACUUUGUAUUGUCUAUUUUUGACCAUGUGGACAACGUAUUUUUGCAGACAAUAUUCCUGUCUCUGUUUUUCGAGCGCUAUCCUGACCUGCUGCAAGUCAGCAUCUACGUUGGGCUCUUAAUCGCCUCACUGUCCCUAUUAUUGGCGAGCUUCGUAAACCAGAUCUGGCAGCUUGUAAUGCUCCAAGGUGUGCUUUUCGGCAUAAGCGCCGGACUAAUGUAUUUCCCCAUCCUCGUUCUACUGCCUCAAUGGUUCGUCCAACGUCGCGGCCUCGCCACCGGGAUCAUAUUCUCAGGUUCUGGUCUUGGCGGCGAGUUCCUCUUUGUGGUUGUGCAUCCCAUGCUGGUGCUGAACGCAAAGCACAGGUUUCGUAUUUCCGUUCCUGUUGGAGUUGUUACUAAACAAGCUCGGAUUCCGAUGGACCUUACGACUCCCCGCCUCCCAGUACCUAGAUUCCAGCGCGGCCAAAGUAGGCCCCGUUUCAUUCCUCCACAAAUGCAUUUCAUCAAGACGCCUCUCUUCUGGUCUCUGGUUGUUUCUACAGCGCUCCAGGCAAUGUCAUUUUUCUCCGUCUCACUCUACAUCGCGCCCUUCGUCAAAGUCAUAUCCUCGCCGCUCUCAGCGUCCAUCGCUCUAUCGCUGUUCAACUCCGCAGGUGUCGUCGGGCAGAUCGUCGUCGGACACUUAUGCGAUCGCCUCCCGUACGCCUGGAUCAUGUUUAUCAGUACAUUGGGGAGUGGGAUGGCUGUAUUCUUGCUUUGGGGCUUCGCCCAUACGCUCCCCCUGGUGUUUACAUUCGCCAUCAUUUUCGGCGGUCUGAUGGGCGGUUAUUGCUCGGUAGGACCAGUAGCCGCCGCCGACUGUGCUGGCAAUAAGCCGGAACAGUCCAGCUUGAUCUGGGCGUUGACAUAUUUCGCUAAGGGGGCUGCAGUAGUCAUCGGUCCCAUCAUCUCCGGCUUUCUCUAUGACGUAGGGAGAGCGUCAGCAGAAGGGUCAAGCAUGCGGUAUGGUGCCUUUGGCUUUGAGCAGCUGGAGGUUUUCGUGGGCACCUGCGCAGUUGCUACUAGUGUCACGAGUAUCCUCGUCGCUGCGACGAGGCAGAGGGUUCGUGGGUAG